AUACUCUGUUUUUCUUUCUAAGGGUUGUGUUUUGUCUUUUAUGUUUAACCUUGUUUUAGUGUUCUCAUUAGUAUUUUUCCUUGAACAAUUGAUAUUUUUUGAGUUAAUAUUCUGCAUUGUAUGUCAUUUGUCUUAUUUUUAUUUUUAUGCAACUUAUUUUGUUCCCCAAGAAGCUUGUGACAAACUUAUAUUAAUUUUUACUUUAUUAAACUGCUAUGCGUCUUAUGCUAUUUACCUGCGACGCUAUCCACUAUAUGAUAUAGUGGAUUUAUGGCUCUCUGCCAUUUUCCACGAUCAAAGAUUAACAACACUGGGCUAUCACUCGCGAGAGAUGUGGAACCAAGACGAAAUACCCAUGGGGUUAAGAAGUUAGGAUUAAGAGUGUGACGUAGAGCCUUUUAAAUGAGAUUGACGCCUCUUAUACUUUCUAAGUGAGCUUGUGAUCUGAAAAUACUGAUGGAGCUGAGUAGCAUCAAAGAUGCAUUUGACCGUGUGGCUAAGAAGCAAAAGCUAUCCUCUUCCAAAUCUCAGGAAGUUGUUGACCAAGUGGGUCGUGAAAUUGAGCAGGCAUUGGCAACCAUUCAGUCACCACAUGACCCCUCAAUUCUUGAUCAGAAAUCUAUUCUUACAGAACUUAAGAGUAAGCUGAAUGCUAUUGGGGCACUUCAACAGUUAGAAGGAUCACAUAAGGAAUGGAACCAAAGUCUCUCAAAGUAUCAAAAACUCCUUGAAAAAUUGUUCAACCCUGACAUAUCAAAGGCAUACAGAAAUGUGGACUUUGACACACAUAUUAUCAACCAGAUUAUUGCAAGCCACUUUUACCGUCAAGGUUUAUCUGAUCUUGGUGAUAGCAUCAUUAAUGAGGCUGGAGAGCCUGAAGCAACUGCACUGAGAUCUCAGUUCUUGGAAAUGCACAAGAUUAUUGAAGCUAUGAGGGGUAGAAACAUUCAGCCUGCUCUCUCAUGGGUCACUGCCAAUCAAGAGAGACUUGCCAAGAUUGGUUCCAAUCUUGAGCUUAAGAUCCACACGCUGCAGUUUGUAGAUGUUCUGCAAACUGGAACUCGAGCUGAUGCCCUGAAAUAUGCCCGGACAUAUCUUUCUCCUUUCGCUUCCAUCAACAAGGAUGAGUUCCAAAAGCUUAUGGGCUGCCUCUUGUAUGCUGGAAGGCUUGCAAACUCCCCUUAUUCUGAGUUGAUCUCCUCAACUCAUUGGGAGAUGACAACUGAAGAGCUGGCACGGCAGUUCUGCACUCUCAUGGGGCAGUCCUAUGAGAGCCCACUGAGUAUGGCAGUUGCAGCUGGAGUUGCGGGGUUGCCUACACUGUUAAAGCUGGCAAAUGUAAUGGCAGCAAAGAAGCAGGAGUGGCAGGAAAUGAAACAAUUGCCGGUGCCUGUAGAUUUGGGUAAGGAGUUUCAGUUCCAUUCGAUUUUUGUUUGCCCUGUGAGCAGGGAUCAAGGUAGUGAUGAGAAUCCUCCAAUGCUGCUUCCAUGUUCACACGUCCUUUGCAAACAAUCAAUUGCCAAGUUGUCCAAAAACAGCACGCGAACAUUCAAGUGUCCAUAUUGUCCAGCGGAAGCUACUGUUGCACACUGCAGACAGCUGUAUUUCUGAUGGUGUUUCUGCAUUUCUCCCACCUUUGUUGCAGUACAGCAUUUAUAGCUUUGUGUUUGUGUUUGUAAAUAGAUAUUCUAAAUUCUCCUUUUUUUGAUAUAAAGAGAUAUCCUAAAUUCUCUUUGACAUUUGACAAGACUGGUGAGCGGAUAAAAAUUGAAAGAACCUGUGGAUAUGUUUGUUUUGGGUUUUUGGAGUGCUUAAUUUGCCAUUCCAAUCACAGAAAUGUGGAAAGCAAGUGUCCUGCUCCCUUUCCGUUAAAGGUAAUGCAAUUUGAAAGUAAACAUAUUCUUACUUGGACCGUUUAA